CAAAAUGUAAACCCCAUUACGUGGACCCCUGAACCGGAAGCUAUAUACAUCUAUUCCACUAAAACAACAGACUUUUAAGUUGUGAUGUUCCGAAUAUGAUCUUUUUCAUGAUUGAUGAAAUGGAAUGUGGUUGAAGAUACUUGGCAUUGUGACUUUUCCUUCAAUCAUAGCAUGGCUAACCAGAAUCUUUUGGCCCAAAAUCUGGACAACAGAUGUCAAGGGCCAGGUGACUUGCCACAAUUAUGGGGAAAAGGGGCCUGGAUCAGCAUGCCAUCGUAUCUGUCCAUUGGGGUAUUUCCAUUUACCAACUAUGGAUGAACAGUGCCAUCCCUGGCUCACCUGUCAUGACCUUAGAAAUGACAUUGUAAAGGUCAAGGUAAUUGGAGCUGGAGCAGUAAAGAAGGUUUCUGUAGCAACAUGGAAAGGUCACAUGGUAGCAAUGAAUGAACCUGUCACAGAGCUGUAUUUAAAAGACUACAGGUAUGGACUUGAUAUACUCAAAAAACUUCAAGGUCAUCUAGAAGUCAUUCAAUUCAUCGGGUCAUGUAAUGAUGUGUAUGUCACUCAAUACCACAGAUUUGGUUCAGCUGACCAAAUAGGAAAUAUCCUGGGUGACCUCAACUCUGGACACAAGGAUACCAUGGCAACCAGAUUUAUUUUAUGUCUGAAUUAUGUAGCAAUUCUCAACUUCCUACAUACAAACACACUUGGAACCUUGGUCAUGUGCGAUUCCAAUGACCUUGAGAAAACCUUAAAACAGUAUCUUAUCACGGAUGACCUAAUGUUGGUACUCAAUGACAUUGAUUCCUUGGCAAAGGUCAAUCAUUCUGCCGGUGAACUUAUCAAAUGUGGUCAUCGUGAACUUGGGGGAGAAUUUGUUGCACCGGAACAAUUAUGGCCAUAUGAUGCAGAGUUUACAGAUGACACAAUGCCACCCUAUGAUGAGAAAUCAGAUAUCUGGAAAAUUCCUGACGUCUGUAAUAAUUUCAUUAUUGGACAUAGAGACUCUAUGAAAGUCCAACUUGAUUUGUUUGGUAUUCAUUCCGCCUGCAAGGAAGAUCAGGCAUCUCACAGACCCAAAGCUGCAGACAUUUUACGGGAAUAUGAGCGAGUGUGGAAUAGUAUUGAUAAAUUAUAUGACUGACACUAAUCAAUAAAUUAA